AUGAAUCAAGAAUCAGGAUAACAAGAAUACAAAGAGAUAGAAAAAGUUGUAGGGUAACUAUUUACUUUACUCAAUGAAAAUCAAAAAAAUUUAGCUUAAGAAGCUUUAAAGAGCUAGGAAAACAAUCCUACAUUUAUUAAAGGAAAAAGCUUAGUUAAUCUCAUAUGCCAUGACUUCUGUUUAUACAAAUAUCCGUUUUCUUAGAAAUACAGUUUUGAUUAUGAAAGCUGGGUGAAUACUUUCUUAGAAUCUGAAAGAUAUGAGUGGAUUAUUUAGCCAAUUCUUAUUAAAAUAAAAGAUUAAUGGAACAUAACGUAUGAAGAUGAUGAUAUUAAAGCACUAUAUAUUUUAUGCGGAGCUUUCACUAAUGAAACAAAUAAUAAAAAUAGAUAAAAAAAAAUUAUUGAAUUGCGUAAAAUUUUAUACUAUAUAUUUGAACUCAAUUCAAUUUGCACAAUGUUCACUCGUCCUGAUUUUUAAAUUAACGGUUACUACAAAUAGACUUUGAAUGAUAUUUAAUAGAAAAUAAAAAAUAAGUUAUCCUUUGCCUUAGAUAUUGACUGCGAAGAUAUGAAAUAUGUGCAAUAGUAAGGAAUUAAUUAUAAGCUUAAAAAGUCAGUCUUUAAAUCAUGGGUGAAAUUUUUAGGAGAUGUUGAUAUCGUUAGCAUAGGAGAGACCAGCAAGUAAAAUAGUAAUGGGUUGCUUAGCUAUGAAAUUUUAAAUUUGUUAUAGUGUUUUAAAGAAGCUGAGGAAGCAUUAGAUUUUAUAUCAGAGAGACUUAUUGUGCCUUCUGAAUCAAACCAAAAUGACUCAAUAAAUUAAGAAUCUUGCUUAUAUUCUAUGUGUUAUAUGAAUUAUCAUUCUAAAAAAAACAUACCUCUUAUCGACUAGUAGUUAGAACUCAGAGUAGAAUAAUCUAUGACUGAAAAUAAUUAAAAUGAAAAUUAAUAAUCAUCUAUAUUCUAUGAAUCAAGUAUAAAAAGUAAAUAUAAUUAAUUUGAAAAUGAAUCUCAUGAAUCAGCUAUUAAGAGUUAGCCUGAUUUUUCAUCCUCAAAAAAAAAUAUGUUUUGA